AUGAGCGAGAAAAAAGAUAUCAAGUGCGUCAUCAUUGGCGACAGCGGUGUGGGCAAGACCUCGCUGCUCAUAACUCGCACCACAAAGGUAUUCCCAGAGGACGUCCCGAAACUCCUCGAGUUCGCGAAAACCACCCUAAGGCAUGUUUCUUUACGGCUCAUAAUAGUACAAAAACUAACAUCGCGCAGAUCCGCUGGUCGUGAAUACACCCUGCAGCUCUGGGACACAACCUGGGAACAAGGCUACACGAGACUAUGCUCCCUCUGGUAUCCACACACAGACGUAUUCCUCUUUUGCUUCUCCAUUGACUCGUGGGACUCGCUGGACCGUGUGUGGGAGCGCUGGUAUCCGGAGAUUCUGCACAUGUGCCCCGACGUGCCGUCUGUUCUUGUUGGGCUGAAGACGGAUCUAAGGGAUGAUUCUGAUAUGGUGCGGGAGCUGGAGAGUAAGAAACUGGGACCGGUGAAGUUUGACGAUGCGGCUAAAUUGGCGAGGGACUUGAGAUGUGCUUAUGUUGAGUGCUCGGCUAGAGAGGGGCAGGGUGUGGAUAAGGUUUUUGAGGAGGCUCUUGCUGCUGCUUUGCUGCCCCGAAAAGUGGCGAAAAAGUCACCAUGUCGAAUACUUUAG